GUUUUUGAAAAGUCCUGCUGCAAAGAAAGUGUGUGAGUAUCUCACUAAAGUUCUGCAAAUAAGUCCAUUACUUCUGACAGAACUGGAUCUGAGUGAAGAUCAGUUAGGAGGCCUGGAUGGGGAGAAACUCUCUGCUCUUUUGAUGGACUCUCAUUGCAAACUGGAGAAAAUAAAACUGAAUAAUUGCAAGCUGACAGAGAAAAGAUGUCGAAUUCUAGCUACUGUUCUCUCCUCCAAAACCAUCCUGAAAGAGAUGAACCUGAACAACAGCCGUCUGCUGGACUCAGGAGUCAAAGAGAUCUGUGAGGGACUGAAGAAGCCUGUGUGUGAGCUGAAGAUACUGAGACUUUCAAACUGUGGUAUUUCUGAAGAAGGUUAUAAAGCUCUGGCUUCAGCUCUGAGAUCAAACCCUUCACACCUGAUAGAGCUGGAUCUCACAGGAAAUGAUCCUGGACAAUCAGGAGUGAAGCAGCUCAGUGAUUUACUACAGGAUCCAAACUGUCAGCUGAAGACACUGAGGUUGUUACAAUGUCCUGCUGCAGAUGAAGCCUGUCAGUAUGUGACUGGAAUUGUCGGUGAAAACCCGUUACUCUUGAGAGAGCUGAAUCUGAGUGAAUGUGAACUAGGAGACACAGGAGUGAAUCAGAUCGCUGCUCUACUGCAGGAUAAACACUGUAAAAUCAGCACACUUAAGCUGCAUGAUUGCGGUCUAACAGAGACAAGCUGUUCAGCUCUCGCUACAGUUCUGAGUUCAAGCCCCAGUCUGAAAGAGCUUGACAUGAGCAACAAUAAUCUGCAGGAUUCAGGAGUGAUGAAACUUAAGAACGGAUUAGAAAAUACAAACUGCAAACUGCAGAAACUCAAACUUUCAGACUGUAGUAUCACUGAAGAAGGUUAUAAAGCUCUGGCUUCAGCUUUGAGAUCAAACCCUUCACACCUGAUAGAGCUGGAUCUCACAGGAAAUGAUCCUGGACAAUCAGGAGUGAAGGAGCUCAAUGAUUUACUACAGGAUAAAAACUGUAAACUAAAACUGAGGUUUUUGAGUGCUGCUGCAGAUGAAGCCUGUCAGCAUCUGACUAAAAUUUUGGGUAGUAAUCCUUUAUUUCUGAGAGAGCUUAAUCUGGGUGGACAUAAACUUGAUGUAAAAUUUGUGAAUUAUCUCGCUGUUCUACUAGAAGAUAAACACUGUCAGUUCAACCAACUUCAACUGAAUAAUAGCAGUAUUACAGAAGAAGGUUGUGCUGCUCUGACAUCAGCAUUUAUUUCAAAUCCUUCAAACCUGAUAGAGCUGGAUCUGAGUGGAAAUGAACUCAGAAACUCAGGAAUUGAGAAGAUCUGUUCUCUGCUGGAAAACAAACAGUGCAGAUUAGAGAAACUGAAACUUUCAGACUGCAGUAUCACUGAAGAAGGUUAUAAAGCUCUGGCUUCAGCUCUGAGAUCAAACCCUUCACACCUGAUAGAGCUGGAUCUCACAGGAAAUGAUCCUGGACAAUCAGGAGUGAAGCAGCUCAUUGAUUUACUACAGGAUGGACAGUGUUCAUUAAAGACCAUCAGGUUUUUGAAAAGUGCUGCUGCACAGAAAGCAUGUGAUUAUCUUACUGAAGUACUGGGUAAAAGUGCAUUAUUACUGAAAGAACUGGAUCUUAGUGAAGAUAAAUUAGGAGACCUGAAUGGAGAGGAACUCUCUGGUCUUUUGAUGGACUCUCAUAGCAAACUGGAGAAAAUAAAGCUGAAUAAUUGUGAGCUGACAGAGAAAAGCUGUUCAGUUCUAGCUACUGUUCUCUCCUCCAAAACCAUCCUGAAAGAGAUGGACCUGAACAACAGUCGUCUGCUGGACUCAGGAGUCAAAAAGAUCUGUGAGGGACUAAAGAAAUCAAAGCUGAAGAUACUGAA